UUUGACACUGACUGACGGACGCAGGAGUUCAAACAAAGGAAAAUAGUGAAGAAGAAAGUGGCAGCUUUGUCUUCGCAAACAUGACCAUCUUUGGUGCAGCUGUGAUCCUGGUCCUCGCCUCAACCUGGCUUCAGCAGAGCUCUGCUGUUUCAAUCGGUGUGGUGGUCCCAGUCAAGACUGUGGGUGAAGUGAGCAGCAUGGUCCCAGUGAACAGUGUGAUCCCAGUCUACGCUGUGGUGCCUGUGGACUCUGUUGAAGCAAAGAACAGUGUGGGUCAGGUGAACAGUGUGGUUCCACUGAGCAGUGUGAGUCAGGUGAACAGUGUGGGUCAAGAGAACAGUGUGAGUCAGGUGAACAGUGUGGUUCCACUGAGAAGUGUGAGUCCGGUGAACAGUGUGGUUCCACUGAGAAGUGUGAGUCCGGUGAACAGUGUGGUUCCACUGAGAAGUGUGAGUCAGGUGAACAGUGUGGUUCCACUGAGAAGUGUGAGUCCGGUGAACAGUGUGGUUCCACUGAGAAGUGUGAGUCCGGUGAACAGUGUGGUUCCACUGAGAAGUGUGAGUCAGGUGAACAGUGUGGGUCAAGAGAACAGUGUGAGUCAGGUGAACAGUGUGGUUCCACUGAGCAGUGUGAGUCAGGUGAACAGUGUGGUUCCACUGAGCAGUGUGAGUCAAGUGAACAGUGUGGGUCAGGAGAACAGUGUGGCUCAGGUGAACAGUGAGGUUCCAGCUUACAGUGUGAGUCAAGAGAACAGUGUGGCUCAGGUGAACAGUGUGGUUCCACUGGACAGUGUGGGCCAGGAGAACGCUGUCGUUGCAUUGAAAUCUGUUGAAGCUGUGGACAGCGUCCAGAACUCCAGUGAUGAGAUCUCCGUCGACAUGUGGCAGAUGCCUUACCAGAACCGUCCACGUAGAGUGAAGUGUCGUGUUUGUUGUGGGAGGUCAUCGUGUGGAGUGUGCUGCCGUACUUGAAGCGGCUGCCCUCACCAGCACUUCUCUCCAUGCUGUCGCUGUCCAUCAUUUGAUUAUGGUGAAUUAAAACAGACAGGAAUCACGAAAAAUAUCUCCAUUUAACUGAUGAUUGAAAUUCACUGAAUGAUCUGUAGAACAAUUAUGUAUUCUUCCUCUAAAUUUAAAUUUUGACUGAAAUAAAAAGCUUGAG